AUGCCCACAGAGACUAUGACCGCUCCGGCGGUAACCAAGGUCAAGCUAUCCAAAAAUGAGAAGCUACCGCCAGAAAACGAGCGGUACAUGCGGGCGUGCUCCGACAUUGCUAGUGCUUUGAUACAAGAUCAUGAAGCCCAGCAAGAUGACACGGCUCCAAAGAAAGACCUCAAUUUAAACAGUCUGAGAGGUCAAAUGGCAAAGAAACAUAGGUUAAGCAACCAGCCUCCAUUAACAGCUAUAAUUGCAGCUGUGCCCGAACAUUACAAGAAAUACAUUCUUCCAAAGCUGAUCGCGAAGCCAAUACGGACGUCGUCUGGUAUUGCAGUUGUGGCAGUCAUGUGCAAGCCCCAUCGUUGUCCACACAUUGCUUAUACUGGCAAUAUCUGCGUCUACUGUCCUGGUGGUCCUGAUUCCGAUUUUGAGUACUCCACACAGUCAUAUACUGGCUACGAGCCAACGUCAAUGCGGGCAAUACGAGCUCGCUAUGAUCCAUUUGAGCAGGCUCGUGGCCGAGUGGAUCAGAUCAAGUCACUAGGGCACAGUGUGGACAAGGUCGAGUACAUAAUAAUGGGAGGUACUUUCAUGUCAUUACCGGAGGAUUACCGAGACGAAUUCAUAUCACAAUUGCACAAUGCACUGAGUGGGUAUCAAGGGAGUAAUGUGGAUGAAGCCGUGGAAGCUGGAGAAAUGAGCAACAUCAAGUGUGUUGGAAUUACGAUUGAGACCAGGCCUGAUUACUGUUUGGACCCGCAUCUGAGCAGUAUGCUUCGGUACGGGUGCACACGGCUGGAGAUUGGUGUUCAAUCACUCUAUGAGGACGUUGCGAGAGAUACCAACAGAGGCCACACUGUUGCAUCGGUAGCAGAGACAUUCAAGUUGGCAAAGGAUGCAGGUUUCAAAAUCGUCAGCCAUAUGAUGCCUGAUUUGCCAAAUGUGGGUAUGGAGCGGGACCUUGAUCAAUUCCGAGAAUACUUCGAGAACCCAGACUUCCGUACCGACGGUCUCAAGAUAUACCCGACCUUGGUAAUUCGGGGCACCGGACUGUACGAGCUAUGGCGGACAGGAAGAUACAAGAACUACACCCCUAACGCACUAAUAGACCUGGUAGCUAGGAUUCUAGCCCUCGUACCCCCAUGGACCCGAAUAUACCGAGUCCAGCGAGACAUUCCAAUGCCCUUGGUAACGUCUGGUGUCGAGAAUGGGAAUCUUCGAGAACUCGCAUUGAGUCGCAUGAAGGACUUUGGCACUACCUGCCGAGACGUCCGAACACGCGAGGUAGGCAUCAACGAGGUCAAGAACAAGAUUCGCCCUUCUCAGGUCGAGCUAGUACGAAGAGACUACGCUGCCAACGGAGGUUGGGAGACAUUCCUAGCUUAUGAGGAUCCGAAGCAAGAUAUUUUGAUUGCACUGCUACGACUGCGAAAGUGCAGUAGCACGCAUACGUUCCGACGGGAACUGAAAUCUCAACCUACCAGUCUGGUAAGGGAGCUGCAUGUGUACGGCUUGGCGGUGCCAGUGCAUUCGAGAGAUCCUAGGAAGUUCCAGCAUCAAGGAUACGGAACUUUACUGAUGGAGGAGGCAGAAAGGAUUGCGAGAGACGAGCACGGGAGUCAAAAGAUCAGUGUAAUUUCUGGCGUUGGUGUACGAUCUUACUACGGGAAGCUCGGAUAUACCCUUGAUGGACCAUAUAUGAGUAAGAUCCUUGGAGGCGGGAUGCAAGAGGACGACAGCAAUGAUGACAAUGAUUGA